AUGAUCAACAUUAUACAGGAACUCGACAUCGAAGCAAUCAGUCGCAGUCAAGCGAUUGUGAAACUUCUGCAACUUGAUAUUUUGCCACAUGAACGCAAAUUUGCCAAUGGCCUAACCGAGUUAGUUAAAAAGUUACCUCGUGUGCCAAUUGAAGAGGAUGUGAACGAAUCCGAACUUAUUACCCGAUUCGUUGAUCCGUUUUUAUGCGGCCUGUUUGAUGAUCCUGAAGAAGGGGUAUUUAUUCGAUGGACAAACGACAUAACAGUCGAAGCACGAAAAAACGAAACCUUGUGGACACGUCGUCCCGAUCUUACCGUAACAAGCUUGAAAGGUGUGAAAUGGUCGACCAGCCAUGGAUACGGUGAAGUAAAACCAGUAUGCCAUGAAGCAACCAACUUUUUGUUGUCGAACGAUUUGAUCCGAGUGGCGAUAUUUUGCAAGAAUGCCUUCGACGCACAAAACUUGGAGGGUAUUCUAGGUUUGCAAAUCAUUGGACGAUCCAUUACCUUCUAUCUCUUGGUGUUGCCAUCCGAUGGCCUUUAUGUCAUGUAUGAAUUAGGGACUCUCCAGCUACCGAAUAACUUGUGUGAUUUAUGCAAACUGCUGAUGGAUAUUCCACUUGGUUUGCUUGUCCUUGAUGUCUUCCAUCGACUCUGCAUCCGCUCUGUCAAUCCCUUUCAACCCUCACGACACCGUCCAACUGUCCUGAGUCUAAUUUCGAUGGCAUCUUUUCAACUUCACAGGAUCGCAAGCGGUCUUGCCAUUUGAAGAAAAACAACUAGGAGUAACGAAUCCAAUAAUGGUCUUCUCCAGCAUACGGGCCAAAUUAUUUAAGAAUGGAAAAAAGUGAAUAGAGAGGGUGUCUUCGAGCCUGAAUUGCAAACGUUUGCAAUUUUUUAUUUUACGCGGCGAAUUAAAUUCCAAUACUUGUUUUGCAAAUUUCAUGGUGGAGGCCAUUUAGUGAGCAUUUGAAGCCAAAAGUUAGGUAAUCCCUGAUUUUUUACUUCAAAUGCUCACUAAAUUUCUAGUAAAAAUUGGGGUUAUUUUUCCCACUUCAAAACAAAAUGUAUGAUAGCCAGUAGCAUUUUCUUCAUACUUACUUAAUAAAAUAGGCCUUGGAAAGUCAAGUUUAUUAAGGUCUAUUUCCUCU